AUGCGGGGAGGGGCAGCGACAACGCGGCAGGUGGGGCAGCAGCAUGCCCUGGACGCCUACAACAAGCGCCUCGACUCAGCCGUGGCCAAGCUCAACGAGCACUACGCCAACAUCCUCAAAUCUGCCAAGGUCGGUGACAAGGUGAAGGUGCUUGGAGAGGAGUUCCAAGUCGACGUGCAAACCAGCAACCUGGUGACUGCCGCAGAGUCACUGCUUACGUUGAUCUCGGAGCUCAAGCAAGCGGUGCUGCUCCACGACUUUGAGACCCGCAAUGCCGAGGUCACCACACGCGCCCAGCAAUACCGCGAUCGCCAGGACAAGACCAAAAAGGCACGCGUGCCGGGCUGCGUUCUGCAAACGUUGCACCGGGAGGUACAGGACGCUUUGCUCGAGCUCAGCGAAGAGUACGUUGACCGAUGA